AUGGAGCCAAACAACAGAACAACACAUACAGUAACAGAAUUCCUCAUCACAGGAUUGGAUGAAGUACAACACCCAAAGGUGGUGGGACUAGCCAUUUUGUUCGUCCUAUUUCUCAUUCUGAUCGGAAGCAUCACUAACAUUUGUGUCAUAGCAUUCAACAAGCCUCUGCAUACCCCCAUGUACUUUUUUAUUUGCUCGCUGGCAGUGGUAGACAUAGUCUACACCAGCGGCAUUAGUGUGACAAUGCUUAACGUUCUCCUUGGUGAGGAGAGAAGAGUCCCCUAUGCACCCUCAUUAGUAAGAGCAGCUUGUGUGAAUCCUUCAUAUUAUUUCAACGCAAUAUCUGCUGUGGGGACUGCUAUAUUAUGGGUUAAUUUAGCCUUGAUAUUCUUCUCAUACAUGAAGAUAGUUUAUGUAGUGAUACAAAUGUCUUCAUCCAAAGACAGGAGGAAAACAUUUAACACCUGUGUCUCCCACAUGAUAGUGGUGGCUUGCUUCUUUAUCCCCAAGGUGUUGUUAAUGUUGGUCACCAGGGUUGGUUUGGUUCUCACGCUCUCUCACAGAAAUGGCCUAAUCAUUGGCUCUACUCUGGGCCCCUCUCUUGUGAACCCACUUGUGUAUUGUCUCAAAACCAAGGAGAUUCGAGGGCGCCUGAAAUAUAUUUUCAAGAGAUCUGAAAUUAGUCCAAAUAUGUAAUGGUUAGGGUUACCAAAGCCAUUUCUUGUUUCUUGCUUGUUCCAAAAAAACGUGAUUUAGUCAAUAUUGUUUCCAUGUUAUUUCAUCAUCAUUGUAAUCAUGUUGAAUCAAUGUUGAGUUUUGAUUACAUUUACGAAAACUCAUCAGUAGCU